AUGUCGACCCAAAUGCGGGAAAUGAUGGUGCGUGAUCGGCGUAAGGCUUUGUUCGGCGACUUUCCCCCACCUCCAAGACAAGCCGCUCCUUAUCCUGAGGGUGAGGUUAUCUAUCACUGUGACGAUCGCUUUGUGGUGCGAUCCGGCAACACUGUUACCCAAUACACAACCCAUCCCGAUGGGAUGGGUGUCAACCCCCGACCAAGCGAGGCGAUGGCGCUACAAUUCGUCAAAGACCACACGACAAUCCCUGUACCAGAGGUCAUUAGCAGCGAUUGGGACCGCAUCACCAUGGAAUAUGUCGAAGGCCAAACGUUGAAAGAAGCUUGGCCAUCACUUGAGCCUCACCAGCGUUCUGAGAUACUUGAUCAGCUUAAGGACUACAUGGCUCAGAUGCGCUCCCCGAAAGGUCUUUACCUGGGCCGUCUUGACGGGCAAGGCGUCGUCGUUCCUAGCAUGAUGACCAGAUCGGGUGGUCCUUUUCCAACAAUGGCAGAGUUCCAUUAUUGGCUUGUUCGACCACCUAAGCGAAUGGAAGAACAAUCCAUGCACUGA